UUCCCCCUACAUUUGUUUUUUUGUCUCUUGCGUCAUAUAUAUUAUUAUUAAAUUUUUUUUUCUUCUCUCUGUCCACUAUUUCAACCUCUCUCAGCAUGUUCUGUUUGUUUUAAAAAAAAAUUUUACACAUAUUCGAACCAAACUACUUUUAGUAUUUUGAAGAUAUAUAAAUAAAAAAACCAAUAAAUCAAGAACGCCGACAGCUAGAGACAAUAUACAAAUGAACCCAGAACUGUACCAACAAGGAACUUCUUUCGUUCAUCCCCAACAGCAACAACAAACAACGCCGCAACCCAUUUCUCGUCUCGCAAAUCCUACACCUUAUCAUUUGGCACAGACUCAGUUGAGAAAUCAGAGGCAGACAAACAGCGAUGGAGCACCGCCUACUCCUAAUAAUUCUUUUCAAGCAAAUAAUCCUCUCUCGAAUAAUAGUUUCUCUAGUGAUACUAUAGACCCUCAGAUUUUGUCAAUGCGACAGCUCCAAUAUAAUAUGAACCAUAUAAAACAGGAAUCAACUCCUACAGAACUUAAUGUUGACUUGGACUUUGAUCAUCAAAAUACACUAGUGUCACCAAUGACAAGCUCACCUCGUGGCACUCCACCAAAUACUUUUGAAACUGAACGAUUUAAACCAAUCUCUCAUUUAGGGAGUCCACCAGGUCAUGGCUUUGAUUCUGAACUUUUUGGAACUUCUUGUAAACCAACCUCUCAUUUAGACAGUCUUCAGUCUUUUGGGGGGUCACCUGGUAAUAAUUCACUUUAUUCUCCCAGGAGUAUUGAAAACGUAGAAUACCCGUAUAUGGAAGAAUUUCCAAUGAGCGCCCCUACUACUACUUCUGCAAUAGGUCCUUUGGAUGUCAAGGCAAACAUAAAUAAUAAUAAUAAUAGUAAGAUAUACAGACAUCCACAUAACAAUGUGAACAAUUUGAGCCAAAUCAGUAUGUCUCUACCGGUACUUCCUACUACUAAUGGUGACCAAUGGUGUUUAGACAACAACUUUACUGGCGCUCAUCCAAGUUCAUUGCAAUUCCCUUCUAACGAAAUGAUCUCUUCUGGUUUCAUGGAAUCUGACGAUACCGAUUCUCAAAAACAGGCUAUGUUAUUUGAGAAGAGACGUCGUCGACGUGAGUCACAUAAUGCUGUUGAACGUCGUCGCCGGGAUAAUAUUAACGAAAAAAUUCAAGAGCUCUCAACUUUAUUGCCGGACUUAUAUGUUGAUUCUGCCAAUAAACCUAAUAAAGGCGUGAUUCUUCGUAAAUCAGUGGAUUAUAUUCGACGUCUUCAAUCAAUGGUAGAACAAGAAAGGAAUCGCAACGUAAAAUUGGAAACUCAAGUUCGAGAAUUAUCAUCGCAGUCAGGAAUACCUAUUGAUAAUAAUUCCGGUUCAGCUUCGAGCAGAUCAGAUUUAAAUAAUUCAUCGAGUGGUGGACUUUUUGGUUCAUCAUCUUUGGGUAGUCUGCCAUAGAAACAAAAAAAAAGGUGAAAACAGGAGUAUAUUAUUUCUUUUGGUGUUUAUAUAUAUGCAUACCUAUAUAUAUUCUUAUAUUUCCUUUUAUCACUCCCAAUUAUACACUCUACUUGUAUUUUAUGGCUAAUUUUUUAUUACGCGUAUUAUAUAAGGUAUAGCAAUAUAUUAUGGAGAAUGUUACGGAGAAUUUGGGAACAAGGUUUAUCGUGUAAUAUUUUUUUUUUUUUUUUUUUUUUUUCCUUCUUUUCUU